GACACAAAGACUCACAGAAACCCACACAAGUCUCCAGGAGAUUUGAGCAUUUUGGUCUUCACACCUCGAAGGUCACAUGACCUUGCCAGUUCAGCAUUGGGCAGCAAUUCUUUUUUUUUUACUCUCAAACUGAGCUCUUUUUGUCUUCUCCAACAAAGGUGCAUGAGACAUGGCCUCUGGCGUAGCUAUAAGUGACGAAGUGGUCAAACACUUUGAACAAAUCAGAGUGCGCUAUCAUGGUAGUGAAGAGAAAGAGAGAUUUAAAUUGGUCAUCAUGCGGUUAAGCGAAGACAAGAAGAGCAUCGUCGUGGACCACAAGUGCUCGCUGAAGAUCAAAGACCUUGAGAAAGAAGCCGACAUCUUCAAGAAGAUCAUCAGUAUGCUUCCAGACUGUGACUGUCGCUAUUGUCUGUACGACUGCUUCUACAAAACCAAGGAGUCUUCAAAGCAGGACCUGGUCUUCAUCAUGUGGGCCCCUGACAGUGCAAGCAUGCAGAAUAAAAUGGUCUAUGCAAGUUCAAAAGUAGCUCUGAAAGCAAAGUUCCAAGGUCUGAAGUUUGAAUGGCAAGUGAAUGACCCUGCAGACAAAGAUCUUUCAUGUCUAAUUGAGAGGUUGGGAGGAAAGGAUGUGAUUGAAGUGGAAGGAAAAUGUGUCUAAAAAGAUCUAAAAAGAACACCAGCAAAUGCCCUUAACAUGCAAUUGUACUGUCUUUAUAAAAACACUUAUUUUGGUGGUAUAUAAUCUUUUACAUCAUGGAAAAGCACUAUAGUCCUUUUGAUAAAGAUGCUUUCAAAUCUGUACCAUUAUCCUUGUCAUCUCUUUUUAUUUGGCAUUGUUCGAUUAGGUUUGUUUUUAGACAUCAGAAGGGCACCUUUAUUUCAGAAGCCAUCAUCACAUUUUCACUGCAAUGGCUCAUAGGCUGAUUCUCCAUUUUGCUGUGAGAAGAAAUUUCCAAGCAGCUCAAAGCUUUCCUUUUCUUUUAAUUUCCUUUUUUUCCUGUACCAUUUGAAAUCUGGCACGUCUUUGUCUGAGCAUAGUAGAAGUCUUGAACUUUAUGUGAGGAUUUAUCACAUAGGCUGUUUGUCAAUAUUGGAAAAACACAACAUGGAGGUUUUCUUCACAGUGAUUCAUUGACGGUUACAUUCUCAAUAAAAGAAUAUUGA